AGUCAGAUUUUCGAAACAGGAGCAGCGCCCCCUUCCCUUUUCCUUUUUCUUUCCCUCCCUCGUCAAUUUCCCUACCCUCCUCUCCUUCCGCCAUUUACUCUUUCGACGGCGCAACCACAGACCGGCUAGCUUCUCUUCUGACGACAGUAACUUUGGCGAACUCCAAGUGACGGCGAGCAGCUAGUUUGGUGGCUCCAGCAGCGGCGUUUCGCGAAGGAAAGGGAGAAGAAGUUCGCGAGUUCCUCCAUUCGCUUCGCUCUGCUUAUGCUGUCACUUUUACUAGCCUCAAGAUAUGUUGCUGAGUAUUAAGCUGGUUUGAACACAUACCAAUAGGUUGGACUACACAACAGAUGGAUAUAGUUGAAUCCAUACUUGAUAUUCCUGUGCAAAAUCCUCCAGAGGAGGAAUUCUCUUCUGCUGAUUUGACUUGGACCAAGUUUGGCACGCCUGACCGCCAUGAUGAUGUAGCUCUUAUUCCUUAUGAUCGAGUUGAUACUUUCAUAAUUGGAGAAUGCUCUAAUGUAGAGUGUCCAACUCGUUUUCACAUUGAAAGGGGAAGAAAACGAUCAAAGGGCAGCUUAAAGGAGUACAAGAAUGAUGAGUAUUUGGAAUAUAAACUGUAUUGGUGCUCCUUUGGUCCCGAAAAUUAUGGAGAAGGUGGAGGCAUAUUACCUAGUCGAAGAUAUCGACUAAACACCAGAAAUCGUGCUGCUAGGCCUCAAUCCAUGCGUGGCUGUACAUGCCAUUUUGUAGUGAAACGCCUAUAUGCUCGUCCUUCACUUGCACUUAUCAUAUAUAAUGACCGGCGUCAUGUAAACAAGUCUGGAUUUGUCUGCCAUGGGCCACUCGACAGAGAUGCCAUUGGCCCUGGUGCCAAGAAGAUUCCUUAUAUUUGUAAUGAAAUUCAGCAGCAAACAAUGUCUAUGAUCUAUCUUGGAAUUCCUGAGGAGAAUGUGCUGGAGAAACACAUUGAAGGCAUUCAGCGAUACUGUGGUUCAAAUGCAAAGGUUGAUAGCCUUGCUUCACAAUAUGUUCAAAAACUUGGGAUGAUUAUAAAGAGAUCCACCCAUGAGCUGGAUCUAGAUGAUCAAGCUAGCAUCAGGAUGUGGGUUGAACGCAAUAAGAAAUCUAUUUUCUUUUAUCAGAAUACUUCAGAAGCUGAUCCUUUUAUUCUGGGGAUCCAAACAGAAUGGCAGUUGCAACAAAUGAUCCGAUUCGGACAUCGCAGUCUCAUUGCAGCUGAUUCAACAUUUGGCAUUAAGAGACUCAAGUAUCCAUUGUGCACACUUCUUGUGUUUGAUUCAAGACAACAUGCGCUUCCUGUUGCAUGGGUAAUCACACGCAGCUUUGCAAAGCCAGAUGUUGCUAAGUGGAUGAAGGCUUUACUCAGCCGAGCUUCAAGUGUAGAGCCUGGAUGGAAGAUCAGUGGAUUUUUGAUUGAUGAUGCUGCAGCAGAGAAUGAUCCCAUAAGGGACGUAUUUGAUUGCCCCAUAUUGUUUUCUCUAUGGCGUGUUCGUAGAUCAUGGCUGAGGAAUAUUGUCAGAAAAUGUAGUAACAUUGAAGUUCAGCGGGAGAUUUUCAAACGUCUAGGAAAAAUAGUUUAUGGAAUUUGGGAUGGACUUGAUACUUUGGCUGCCUUGGAAGAGUUAACUCUUGAUUUUGUUGAUCAAACUGCAUUCAUACAAUAUUUCAAAGCUUCUUGGGUGCCUAAGAUUGAAAUGUGGCUUUCAACAAUGAGAGCUCUUCCUCUUGCGAGCCAAGAGGCAUCUGGUGCCAUAGAAGCCUAUCAUGUAAAGCUGAAAGCUAAAUUAUUUGAUGAUUCACAUCUUGGUGCACUCCAGAGAGUUGAUUGGUUAGUGCACAAGCUGACAACUGAGUUGCAUUCAAGCUACUGGCUAGAUCGGUAUGCAGACGAAAGUGAUUCUUUUCAAAAUGUCAAGGAGGAAUAUGUUGCUUCUACAUCAUGGCACAGGGCCCUGCAAAUCCCUGAUACCGCUGUUACUUUGGAUGAUAAGGAUCAGCUCUUUGCCAAGGUCUUAAGUCAGAAAGACAGCAAUCUAACACAUAUAGUGUGGAAUCCUGGAUCAGAAUUUGCUUUUUGUGAUUGUGCAUGGUCAUUGCAAGGUAACCUUUGCAAGCACGUCAUCAAGGUCAAUGUGAUAUGUGAAAAUCGACAAGGUUAUCAGUCUUCUAUGUCUUUCCGGUCCUUCAAAGAGAUCUUGACAAGUCUCAGGAAAAAACAUAUGGAUGAUUCAAUUGCUUUGGAUUUGUCAAUGGCUUGGACACAGCAGAUGCUUGAACAGAUUAAACAACUAGUUGAACUGAAUAGCUCAAAUAAUAUCAGUACUGUGGUAAAUAAUAUGCCAUUGAAAUGGGUUUCUAAGAAAGGUAGAACAUCUGUUGGCAUACCAUCGUCAAUUCUGGUUCUUCCAUCUAGUUCCAGGAGUAUUACAAAGAAUGUUGCUGUGCGUCAAAAGAAUCGAAAGCGUAAAAGGUUGUCAAGAUUAAGAUGGUAGCAUUGUGUUGGUGGAUAGGAAUAACCGGUUCCAAGACGGUUCUGACCCAAGCUAACUGAUUUCUGCUCAUAAUUCUCUUUGGCUUCAAACAUGUCAAGUAUUGAGUAUUGGUAAUUCCAAAUCCAUUCUUGAUGAAGUUUCGUGAAUCCUGAUCUGUGUUAGUCAACUGAGGAUUAGAUACUCCUUACCACCACCUUAGUUUCAUUCUGAUGAAUGGACAUGUUACGCCAUGAUAUGGUUGAAAGCAUAGAGUUACCUAGAGCUAAGGAAAUCAAAGCUGUGCCUGUGCCUGAAUGCUCAAGUUAACGUUCAUGGGUUCAAACUUCAGUAGGCAUUCAUGAGAAUAUUGCCAUUUAUUUAUUUCAUUCUCUCAUUCCUUGUGCAACGUAUAUAUUCGGACAGAGGGGAUGUAUAAGCAAACUUUUGUUAAAUUUUAUAGAUUGACACUCUGGAAAUGUGUAUGCUUUUUGACCUGGUAAUUCCAACAUUCCUAGAUUGGCUUGAAUAGAAAACAGCUAUCAUGAGUUGGAA